CAGCCACGUCUGAAAGCGCCUCAUUGUGCGCGCUCCGCUCGGGCCGGCAGCGCAGAGCAGCGCCGCGGGCCUCCGGCGGCCGCCCAGGGGGAAUCCUGCCCUGUUUUCUGGUUCCCGCCGCCUUGGGUCUCCAGGUGCCUCCAAUAUCUUGGUAUCCGCUUCGCAAGUCCAUGCCUCUUGGAGCCCUCUCCCCGGUGUCACUGGGUGCCCCUUCAUAGCCUUGGGACCCUGCGGAACAAAUCAGCCGCAGCGGACUCUCCCGGCGAGGAGACUGAGCGGCUGUGGAGAGGAGCUUGGAAAAGACGUCCAGGAGCCUUUGCUGAGACUGGGGCCAGAGGCGUCUGCCUCCCGCCGCGCCAGUCGGGCUGGGACGCCUCGCUUGGGGCCCUGAAAAACCUCCAGGCAUCUCCCAUGGAUCUGUGACCGAGGUGGGCAGCUCUCCCAGCAGCCCUGGACAGCAGCCCCCCGGCCGGCGGCAUGUGGCUGCGGCGCAUCUCCAGCAUCUCCAGCCCCGCUGUGACCGCGCUCCUGCUGGCGCAGACUGGCCUCCUGCUCUUCCUGGUCUCCCGGCCCAGGCCGCCGUCCCCGGUGGGUGGCGAGGAGAGGGUGCACGUGCUAGUGCUGUCCUCGUGGCGCUCGGGCUCGUCCUUCGUGGGCCAGCUCUUCAGCCAGCACCCCAAUGUCUUUUACCUGAUGGAGCCCGCGUGGCACGUUUGGGCCGCUUUAUCACAGGGCAGCGCGGUGGCGCUACACAUGGCGGUGCGCGACCUGGUGCGCUCUGUCUUCCUGUGCGACAUGGACGUGUUUGACGCCUACCUGCCGUGGCGGCGCAACCUGUCAGACCUCUUCCAGUGGGCGGAGAGCCGUGCGCUGUGCUCGCCGCCCGCCUGCAGCGCCUUCCCGCGCGGCGCCAUCAGCAGUGAGGCAGUGUGCAAGCCGCUCUGCGCGCGACGGCCCUUCAGCCUGGCCCAGGAGGCCUGCCGCUCCUACAGCCACGUGGUGCUCAAGGAGGUGCGCUUCUUCAACCUGCAGGUACUCUACCCGCUGCUCAGCGACCCGGCGCUCAACCUGCGCAUCGUGCACCUGGUACGCGACCCGCGGGCUGUGCUGCGCUCGCGCGAGCAGACGGCCAAGGCACUGGCCCGUGACAAUGGCAUCGUGUUGGGCACCAACGGCAAGUGGGUGGAGGCCGACCCGGACCUGCGUGUGGUGCGCGAAGUGUGUCGCAGCCACGUGCGCAUCGCCGAGGCCGCCAUGCGCAAGCCACCGCCCUCCCUGCGCGGCCGCUACCGCCUGGUGCGCUUCGAGGACCUGGCCCGGGCGCCGCUGCCCGAGAUCCGCGCGCUCUACGCUUUCGCAGGCCUGAGUCUCACGCCGCAGCUCGAGGCCUGGAUCCACAACAUCACCCACGGGGUCGGGCCAGGCGCGCGCCGUGAGGCCUUCAAGACUACGUCCAGGGACGCGCUCAACGUCUCGCAGGCCUGGCGCCACACGCUGCCUUUCGCCAAGAUCCGCCGCGUGCAGGAGCUGUGUGCGGGCGCGCUGCAGCUGCUGGGCUACCGGCCAGUGUUCUCUGAGGACGAGCAGCGCGACCUCGCCCUGGACCUCGUGCUGCCGCGCGGCCCGAGCAGCUUUAGCUGGGCAUCGUCCACUGCCAAGCACUCCGGGCCGUAGCAGAGGCCCCCAGCUGUGGCUGGCGGUUGCCAGGGCCAGGAGACUCACGCGUGGUGGGGAAGGAGCUGGGGCGCCCGCACGAGGCCGGGAGUUUGGGAGGUCCCCCACGUAGUAGGAAAGGACCGACUCCCCAGACUGUGUUUCUUUCUCCCCACUUCUUGUUUUUCCUUUGAAUCCUCUCUAGGAGCUAGAUUCCCGCCACGCACACUCUUCAUGGAAAGCAGACUCGUGCCCCCACUUCCUCUGGGCACAGGGAAUAAGUUGAGACGACUUGGCUCCUACUCCAGCACUUUCUUUCCCCUUAAGUCUCCGUUGGGAUGCCUCAUCCUGCAGCUGAGAAGGCUGUCCCGGCCCUGCCUGGGAGUAGUAGAGGGACACUGUGGUGAGCUGGUCCCUGAAGUCGGUACAUCUCCCCCUACACACACCCCGUGCCUCUGGCACCACACACCACCAAAGCCAGUGCUUUUAUAUUCACCUGUAUCUUCAGUAAGAAAUCAGCCAAGGUGCCUCUAUCUUGUGGUCUCCCCUUAGUCUCUCUCUGCCCCAAUCUCCUGGGAGCCCACAUGCCCCCAUCACCUGCCCAGGGAAGGUGAAACUUUGAUUUGUCCUGACAGGAAAGAUCCUACCUACAGAAAUAAACAGAAUUCACCUGUAUGAUACA